AAUGAACUUGGUGCCAACUCUCUAGUUGAAGACAUGCAGACCUCCCUGCGAUCAGGAACUCUUUCAGAAACAGAGCUAAAACCUGACCAAUGUUCAGCCCUGGCCUACCUGUUACUGAUGUCAGAGGAGGUGCUGGAGGAGUUUGACCUGAAGACAUACACCACAUCAGAGGAAGGUUAUCAGAGGUUGCUGCCGGUAGUGAAAACCUGCAAGAGAGCACUACUGGAUCACUGUAAACUCACAUAUGAAUCCUGUGAGACUCUGGCCUCAGCUCUGCAGACACCAAACUCCCCCCUGAGAGAACUGGACCUCAGCUACAAUACCUUGAGAGACAGAGGAGUGGAGCUGCUCUGUGUUGGACUAACCAGUCCACUCUGCAACAUACAGACACUCGUACUGGAUGGCUGUAAACUCACAUAUAAAUCCUGUGAGACUCUGGCCUCAGCUCUGCAGACACCAAACUCCCCCCUGAGAGAACUGGACCUCAGCUACAAUGACCUGGGAGACAGAGGAGUGGAGCUGCUCUGUGUUGGACUAACCAGUCCACUCUGCAACAUACAGACACUAGUACUAGCUGACUGUAAACUCACAUAUGAAUCCUGUGAGACUCUGGCCUCAGCUCUGCAGACACCAAACUCCCCCCUGAGAAGAACUUGGACCUCAGCUACAAUGACCUGGGAGACAGAGGAGUGGAGCUGCUCUGUGUUGGACUAACCAGUCCACUCUGCAACAUACAGACACUAGUUCUAGGUCAGUGUGGUCUGCAGAGGGU